AUGCGUCGCACAAUCAAUCUCUUGCUCGCUCUCAUCAGCAUAAGCAUCUUUUCGUUCUUCACAAAUGAUGCACUACAACCCCAGCAUCCGCAUGCCCAUGGGGGUGGCUGCAUCCCGGCCGAGAGGGCUGCCUUGCUCUCCUUCAAAAAGGGCAUUACAAGCGACAGCGCCAACCUCCUCAUCUCAUGGGACGGCCAAGAUUGCUGCCGGUGGAGAGGCAUCGGUUGCAACAAUCGAACUGGCCAUGUCGUCAAGCUUCACCUUCGCAGUACAAUUGUGGAGGACAACCCCUGGGGCUACUAUGAUCCAUGUGAACAUGACAAUUCUUUGUUCGGCGAGAUAAGUCCCUCUCUACUUUCCUUGAAGCAUUUAGAGCACCUGGACCUUAGCAUGAACUGUUUACCAGGGCCAAAUAGCAAAAUUCUUAAUUUAAUGGGCUCCAUGACGAACUUGAGAUACCUUGACCUCUCUGGUAUACCAUUUGCCGGUAGAGUGCCUUCUCAGCUAGGAAAUCUGUCUAAGUUGCAGUAUCUUGACCUUGCCCAAACUGGUAAUUCUAUGAUGUACUCAAUGGACAUCACCUGGCUGGCGAAGCUACCUUUCCUGCAGUUCCUUAGCAUGAGCGGAGUCCAGCUCUCAGGGAUAGCUGACUGGCCUCAUACCCUCAAUAUGAUUCCACCUUUGAGGGUUAUUCAUCUUUCUUCCUGUUCACUUGAUAGUGCAAACCAAUCACUUCUGCACCUUAAUCUCACAAAACUUGAGAAGCUUGACCUGUCCUCAAAUGAUUUUGAGCACUCACUCACAUAUGGUUGGUUUUGGAAAGCGACAACCUUGAAGUACCUCGAUCUUGGGGAUAACAGGUUAUUCGGCCAGCUCCCUGACACACUAGGAAACAUGACGUACCUUCAAGUCCUUGAUAUUUCACGCAAUGAGAACACGAACAUGAUGAUGACAGGAUACUAUAAGAAUCUUUGCAGUUUGGAAAUCCUCGACCUCUCUGUUAAUGGCAUAAAUGGCGACAUAGCAGUGCUUAUGAAGAGUUUGCCACAAUGCACCUGGAAAAAAUUGCAGGAGCUGGAUCUUAGUAUCAACAAUUUCACUGGAACUCUGCCAGACUUUAUUAGUGAGUUCACUAGGUUGAGCAUACUAUACCUCUAUUCAAACAGCCUUGUUGGAACUAUACCACCACAGAUUGGGAAUAUGACAGUUCUAACCUCCCUUGCACUCUAUAACAAUCAGCUCACGGGAAGUAUACCAGCCAAUCUUGGGAAAUUGAUGUAUAUGACUGAACUUCUCCUCUCAAGCAAUCUUCUCAGUGGAACUGUACCCACUGAAAUAGGUUCUCUUAUUAAUCUGAAUUCUCUGGCCCUAAGGGAAAAUAACUUCACUGGAGUGAUCACGGAAGAACACUUCAUAAAUCUAACAAGUUUAAGGGCAAUAGACAUCUCUUCCAAUAAUUUGAAGAUUGUACUGAGUUCUGAUUGGCGUCCUCCCGUUACUCUGAAGUAUGCAUCAUUUGGAUCUUGCCAGAUGGGUCCUCUGUUUCCACCUUGGCUUCAGCAGCUGAAAACCACUGGGCUUGACAUUUCAAGCAACGGUUUGAAGGGCGAGUUUCCUGAUUGGUUUUGGUCUGCAUUUUCACAUGCCACAUCACUGGAUAUCUCUAACAACCAAAUAAGUGGCAGCUUGCCAGCAGAUCUGGAUCGCAUGGCUUUUAAGAAACUCAUUCUCAAUUCAAACCGGUUUACUGGCCCAAUACCUGCAUUGCCAAAUAAUAUCACAUGGUUAGACAUCUCCAACAAUAAAUUUUCAGGAACAAUACCAUCAAACCUUGGAGCCUCACUACUUGAAGUAUUGUCUGUGCAUUCAAAUCAAAUUGGUGGGUAUAUUCCAGAGUCUAUUUGCAAACUUGAAUGGUUGGUGUAUCUGGAUUUGUCGAACAAUAUUUUGGAGGGUGAAAUUCCCCAAUGUUUUGAAAUUCCCAACAUACAAUUUUUUAUACUCAGCAAUAACAGUUUAUCAGGAAAAAUGCCAGCAGUUUUGCAGAACAACACAGGUCUGAAGUUCUUGGAUCUGUCAUGGAAUAAGUUCUCUGGAAGAUUACCUGCAUGGAUAGGAAAGCUGAUGAAUUUACAUUUUCUCAUACUGAGCCACAAUAAUUUUUCUGAUAAUAUUCCAGUUGACAUAACAGAGCUUGGGUAUCUUCGAUACUUAGAUCUAUCAGGCAACAGCUUCUCUGGUGCAAUACCUCAGCAUCUGUUGAACCUAACAUUUAUGAGAACAUUACAACAGGAAUCCGUUGGUAUGGAUGGUUCUGUUGAAUCUCAUGGAACCACAAAAUUACGCACUAGCAGCAUACUGAAUGUUGAACAGCUAGGACAUAUAUUGUCAGUACAGACAAAAGGGCAGCAACUUAUAUACUUAUUUGGCAGAACACUUGCAUAUUUUGUGAGCAUUGAUUUAUCAUGCAACUCCCUGACUGGUGAAAUUCCUACAUACAUCACUUCGCUUGCUGCACUAAUGAAUAUGAACUUAUCAUCAAACCAAUUGAGUGGAGAAAUUCCAAGCAUGAUUGGCACCAUGCAGUCACUGGUAUCUCUUGACCUCUCUCAGAACAAGCUUUCUGGUGAAAUCCCAUCGAGCUUGUCAAAUCUGACAUCUCUGGCCGCCCUGAACCUGUCCUACAACAGUUUGUCUGGAAGGAUACCCUCUGGCCGCCAACUUGACACCCUCAAUUCCGAGAACCCGUCACUUAUGUACAUUGGCAACAAUGGACUUUGUGGGCCUCCUGUCCACAAGAAUUGUUCAGGAAAUGAUCCUUUCAUCCAGGGAGAUGUCGCCAACAGCAACCAAAAAUUUGAUCCACUGACGUUUUACUUUGGUCUUGUGCUUGGAUUUGUGGUGGGACUCUGGAUGGUGUUUUGUGCACUGCUGUUCAAGAAGACAUGGAGAAUUGCUUACUUCCGGCUCUUUGACAAGGUGUACGAUCAAGUCUAUGUCUUUGUGGUCGUGAAGUGGGCAAGCUUUGCAGAGAACACAGCCGUAGAAUAA